UCGCUGCUUUCGCGUUCGUUCGUUUUGGGUCAGUUGGAACGUUGUCGUCGGUCGUCGUUUGUCGUCGCAGAAUUUGAGAGUCGCUGUCGCGUCAGCUGAAUCGCUGGGUUUGGAAUUCUGUCGCCAGAUUGGGGCGUGUACGGCCGCGCGCGAUCAUCAUGGCGUUCUUCUUCAACUUUGUGGCCAUCUGUACGAUUUUGUACUUCCUGGUUCAGUUUAUUCUGUGGUUCGUGCUGGACUCAGACAUUGAACUGUUCCUUCGGACCAAAUUGGGAAAGCCCAUUUCCUCUCUCAAAGGAAAGGUAGUAUGGAUUACGGGGGCCUCCAGUGGAAUCGGUCGUGAGUUGGCACUCGCCCUGGCCAAAAACGGCGUUCGACUGUGCUUAUCGGCGCGCAACAUUUCGGAGCUGCUCAAGGUUAAGCAAGACUGCAUCACCCAGUCCAAUGGAGCUCUCGGCCCGAACGACGUGUACGUGCUCCAGAUGGACAUGCUGGACAUCAACCACCACAACGACUACUUCAACAUGGUCAUAGAUCACUUCAAGUCGCUGGACAUCCUGGUCAACAACGCCGGACGAUCGCAGCGGGCAGCCUGGAACGCGAUCAACGUCAAGGUCGAUCGUGAACUGUUCGAGCUGGACGUUUUUGCCGUCGUUCAUCUGUCCCGGAUUGCGCUCAACUUUUUCGUCCGAAAUUCGAUCAAGGGCCACCUGGCGGUCACGAGCAGUACUGCGGGGUUGAUUGGGGCUCCCAACUCGGCGAGUUACACCGGAGCGAAACACGCGCUGCACGGCUACUUCGAAACUCUUCGCAACGAACCUUUCGAGUGCAACGUUACGAUCUUCUGCCCAGGACCAACGGCCACCAACUUCUUGCAGGAAUGCUUCACCGACACUCCGGGAGCUAAAUACAACCAAUCCGUCCAGCCGGAGGACAAACGCAUGACCAGCGCGCGGUGCGGCUAUCUGUACGCGGUGGCCCUGGCCAACAAGACCCACCUCAGCUGGGUCGGCAACUUUCCGAUCAACGCGAUCUGCUACAUCGGCUGUUACUACCCGAACGUGAAGAAGCUUGCGCUGAAAAUUGUUGGCAUGAGGCGUCUCAACCAGGUGCGAGAUAGUCGAUGAUCGCGCUGUUCCACAACUUUCAACUUCACCAACACUC